AAAAGAGCUACAGGGUAAGUCAUACAUUCACCACGUCAUGUCCUGUCUCUGCGUAAAAUAAAUACAUUAAAAUUAUAUUUAUUUAUUUAUUAACGUUAACAUAAAAAGAGGGCAGGAAGUGGAUUUUCUAACAAAAAUAAUAAAAAGAAAAAUAAUAAUGACAACACGAAUGAGUGAAUGUAAGAACAUCUGAUUUUCACAAUAAAUUAAUGGUAAAUUUAAAAUGUAGGCUAUGUUUUCUAUCAGUGUCACAUACAUCUCAGUAGCGAGGUAGAUUCGUGACAACAGCAAGCUUUGACACUAAUUUAUGCAAUUCAGAGUGAGUAAUAGAUUUCUAAACUACUUUUAAUCACACAAAUAUAAACACUUCCGGUCGCCCCAGGGCAGUUGUGUGGCCUCGCCAUUUUUAUAAACAGUGUAACAGAACAGAGUUGUAAACAUUGCAUAAAAUAAUAAUAGGAGCACCUGACUCGACCUACACAACGAUAUGAAAACGUCAUUUAAACAAACAAACUGACCAGAGGCCUAUACCCUUUAUAAACAUUACGAGUCGUUCAAUGUGGAGAAAACAUGGCCACAACUAAGACAUUACACCGCUGAUGGUAUACUCACGAUCGAUGGUCAUGAUAUUAGAUAGUGGCUGAGGCAAACAAUGAGAUAAAAAAAAGAGGUACAGUGGUUUUGAGCACGACUAGUUGCUGUCAAAUCGUAGCAAACGAAAACACUUCAAGCGACAACAAAUUCAAAACGGUGUAGGCUACUCAAUUGUAUUUUAACUGGGUGGAUGGUCUAAAAUUAAUAUAUGGUGGAAUAGGCAAAUUCAGUUGUAAUAUUUUGAAAUUAAUUUUAUUUUAAUUUGAGACUCGUGUCACAAAGUAGUUCGCCUACAUCUCUUUAGGCUGUGUUUCAUUUUCACAACAAUGUGCUUUGCACUUCCUCUUCUUCUUUCCUCCGCGAACCGGUUCGUGUGUGUGGAUAGCCUGUCUCUUUCGAUUCUUUUUUAUUUCACUCUGUGAACUCAUUAUGUGGGAUGACAAGUGACCAACAAAUACAUUAAUUUUUUUUUGACCUUCAUUCGUUGACAUUAGCAUAUUUUAUUAGCUUUUAUUUCUGUUUGGAGUCUUACUCAGAGAGUAAGAUAUGGGGACGGCGGUUGAUGACAUCAGACAACUAUUAAGAGACUGUGAGCUGUUUGUUUUUGAAAUACUCCAAGAUGAGAAUCUCAGUAAUGCUGCUGGAGAGGCCAGAGAAAUUCUCUUACGAAAUUUUCUUGUCAUCCAGAAGAGACACCCACAAGAAUUUCCCCACAGAAAUGAAUCCAAUCUCGAGGAUAGUUCAGAUGACAACCGCAGCUCCAGUCUGGGACGCUCUGCCCCCUCAGAUGAUAUGUCAGUGGCCUCUGACUACCAGGAGGAAGGAGCCACUGAGCUUUUUGAAGAGAUCCCUAUGGUGGCUGCACAGGACCUGAGUAACAUUCUAAAGCAAGGCUACCUGGAGAAGAAAAGACGUGAUCACAGUUUCUUCAGCAUGGAAUGGCAAAAGCGAUGGUGCGUUCUGAACAACACCAUAUUUUAUUACUUCGGGAGUGAGAAAGACAAGCAGCAGAAAGGCUCGUUUUAUAUCAACGGCUACAGUGCAGAGAUGGUCCCCAGCUUACGCAAGGACUCCAAGAAGAAUUCAUGCUUCGAGAUGAGUGCUCCUGGAAGACGUUCUUACCAGUUCACUGCCAGCAGUCCCCGUGAGGCAAGAGAAUGGGUGGACCAGAUCAAUUUUGUCCUUAAGGAUCUGAGCUCUAACUUCAUCCCCUUUGAUGAUGAUGAGGAAGAGGAGGUGGAAGAAGAGGAAGAGACUUAUGAUGACAUUGAACGAGCUACCACACCACCACCACCACGUCCUGGGCCAGCGUCUGCACCGGUUAUAACCCCAAGUCUGGCACAAACCCCUCGAAGCAGCCGCGAGGAAUGGAAGGACCAAGCAGGGACUCAGGAGGACGAUGAAGAUGAAGAAGAGGACAUUUAUGAAGAGCUUCCAGAUGAUGAAAUUUCUGACAACGCUGAAGAGUUCACUGAAAAAGCUGGGUCUUCAGAUUAUGCAAAUUAUUACCAAGGCUUGUGGGACUGUGAAGCGGACGGACCCGAUGAAUUGGCCUUCCAGAGAGGAGAUCUCAUCUACAUCCUCAGCAAGGAAUACAACAUCCAUGGAUGGUGGGUCGGGGAGCGAGACGGUGCUAUCGGCAUAGUCCCCAAGGAGUUUUUGCAUCCUGCUUAUAUUCUAUGAGGUUUGCUUUUUGUGAAGAUCACAGAAUUUCCAGGGUUAUAACACUUUAACACAUCAUUGUUUAGAAAUUGUAAAUGAGUAGAUUAUAACGAGAGUUAAAGGGAUAGUUCACCCUAAAAUGAAAAUGAAGUCAUAAAUUACUCACCCUGGUGCUGCUUUAAUGGCAAAAGGAGAAUUUGUAAAAAAAAAAAAAUGUCCCGCUUGUGCUCGUCGAUAUAAUGGCAGUGAAUAGCGACCAGCAUCAAGCUUUUUAAAAAAGAUGCGAAAGUAUCACAGAAUGAUGCCAUGCAACUUGUUGUAUAUUCCAAGUGUUCUGGGGGUAUACGAUAUGAAAUUUAAUGAAAAUCCUGAACUUGGCCGUUGGUCUUCAGUGCACAGCUAUGCAGUGUGCUCAUCGCUAUAGAGUGGUGGAACUAUGACGCAUUUUUGUAGGCCAAAACCUGGAAGCGAGUUAGCAUUUUAGCACUUCCGGUUCCAUCGUCCCAAAGUCAAUGGGUUUUUUGAAUGGGUAUUUGGUUAAAUGGCUGAAAUAAGGUCUGUGGUUAACACAAUCUUGAGAUAAUUUCACGUUUUAUUCUACAACAUAAAAUACAUCAGUAUUAACCUACCCAUGAUUUUUUUUAAGCUGUUACGUCUUGAAAAUAAAAGUUGCUAACAAGUGGCUAAAUUGGACUACAGAGGCUGUCGGUGACAUUAAACGUCAUCACACCAAACAUGUAAGCUCUGUCUGCUUUUAUGGGCUAGUUAUGCUUAUAACUGCGCUCUUACAAACUAGUCUAAUUCAGACUUUCUGGGAAAUGUUUUUAGAUAAAGACUGAAAGAGUUGUCGAAAGCUUAGUGUUGGUGACAUUGAAAUUGUGCAAACAUGGUGUAGUUCGCUUAUAGCCUACCUUUAGCGUUUUGCUUCUGGCAACUGCAUUUAGGCUUCAAAAUUCAUAAAAGUUGUGUUCAUCUGUGAAAAUUAUCUUGAUGGACAAAACGUUUAAGUAUCAUAAACUUUUGUUGAUCACAGAGCUUUUUUUUUGCAACAAUUCAAAAGCCUAUGGGAAAAUCCUAUUGGGUUUUUGUCGAGGGAACCAGCGUGCUGCUAACUGGCAAUUGGCCAGCAAAGUGACGUCAUGGUUCCACUACUCUGUUCACUGCCACUAUAUGGAUGAGCACGGGCGGGACAUUUUUUUUUUAAAUUCUCCUUUUGUGGUCCAUAAAAGAAAGAAGGGCAUAGUGCACAGGGCCACCCAAAGGUGACUUAAUUUUCAUUUUAGUGUGAACUAUCUCUUUAAGUAAAAUUGGAUUUUAGUUCAUUUCUAGAAAUGGUAGAACUAAAAAAAAAAAAAAAAAAAAAAAAGACCAAAUAAUUUGUCUUGCAUGUUUUGUGAAUAAGUCUUUUUUGUAUUAAAUUAUCAGUGUACACUAAGAGUUUAGGCAUAUCUAAAUCUAAUUUUUUUAUUUGUUCAAGCAUAAGCCACAUUUACACAAAUGGUGUACAUAUAAAAAACAUUUGUAGUUUCGAAACUUCUUUUCCAGUUUAUUUCAUUGAUCAUGUAAAGACUGUGAUCUAUUUCAACAGCACAAAUUACUGAAUACAAUUCUUUUCAUUCACAAUUUAGGCUGUAGCAGCAUCUUGAUAAAGCCAUCUACUGGUUGUUAGGAGUUAUUCUAUAUGUUGAGAUGUGUUUUCUUCUUGACUCUGCAUUUGUAUUUGAAAAUGUUUAGUUGACAGUAGUUGGUAGUAUAUACUAACCGAUUCAGCAUAUAUUACUCAAAGGAAAUAACCUGUCAUACCACAGUAUGCUUCAGUAAAAAUAAAAAUAAAGAGCUUUUCUACUUUG